AUGGCUGUCGCUGGGGGAGGCAUAGUGGGGCGUUUGUUGUCCUACCUGAUCCCAGUCUGCUCAGUGCUUGGUAUACUUACGUACUCUGUGACGGCGGCGCUUCUUGCGCUGUGUACUUGGCUUAGUUUUCGGCUGCUGAAGAGGAACCACCUGCGAUGCUUCCAACAACCUCCGCAACGCAACUGGUUACUGGGACAUAUGGGGAUAAUGCAGAGUGAUGAGGAAGGCUUGAAGUCAGUGGAUGAACUGAUCAGAACCUAUAGGCAUUCGUGUGCCUGGUAUCUGGGGCCACUCUACAAUUUAGUGCGGCUUUUCCACCCCGAUUACAUCAAAUCCUUGCUUCUGGCUUCUGCUUCCAUAACGUAUAAAGAUGAAUUGUUCUAUGGGUUUAUGAGACCAUGGUUGGGUCAAGGGCUGCUCCUGAGUAAUGGAAAGGAAUGGUCACGCCAGAGGCGCUUGCUCACACCAGCUUUCCACUUCGACAUCCUCAAAAACUAUGUGUCCAUAUUCAACCACUCAACAGAUAUCAUGCAUUCAAAGUGGCGUCGCCUGAUGGCAGAGGGGAAGAACAGCUUGGACAUGUUUGAACACGUUAGUCUGAUGACUCUGGACAGCCUCCUCAAAUGCACUUUCAGCUACGACAGCAACUGCCAAGAGAAGUCCAGUGAGUAUAUCUCUGCUAUCUAUGAGUUGAGUACCCUUGUGGUCCAGCGACAGAGGAACCUGCUCUAUCAUUGGGACUGGUUCUUCCGGCGCUCUGACAUAGGCCAGCGCUUUCGUCGGGCCUGUGACGUGGUCCACAGCUUCACAGCAGAUGUGGUCCAGAGACGUCAAGCCCAACUCCGCCAGCAGGGACCACCAGAGAGUUUCACGGCAGCAGGAACAGGAGCCUACAAGAAAAAAGUGAUAGACUUUAUAGAUUUGCUGUUGCUGUCUAAGGAUGAGGACGGUAACGGUCUGACUGUCGAAGAAAUAAAAGCCCAGGCAGACACUUUCAUGUUUGAAGGUCAUGACACCACUGCCAGUGGGAUAUCCUGGGUGCUGUAUAAUCUUGCCCAGCACCCUGAGUACCAGGAACGCUGUCGCGCUGAGGUCAACGCGCUACUCGACGGCCGAGAGACUGAGGAAAUUAUCUGGGAUGAUUUGACUCAGAUGCCCUUUACCACCAUGUGCAUUAAGGAGAGUCUGAGGCUCCACCCACCUGUCGCUGCCAUCAGUCGCUACUACUCACAGGACAUGAGUGUACCUGGGAACUGCAGCAUACCACAAGGAACGAUCUGUCUGAUCAGCAUCUACGGAACUCAUCAUAACCCUGACCUUUGGCCUGACCCCGAGGUUUAUGACCCCAUGCGUUUUGAUGCAGAGAACAUUAAAGGCAGAUCGUCAUAUGCUUUUAUUCCAUUUUCUGCAGGGCCAAGAAACUGUAUUGGUCAGAACUUUGCCAUGGCUGAGAUGAGGGUCGUGGUGGCUUUAACACUGCGCAGGUUUCGGUUACUGCCCCCGGACACUCCCGUCAAACGGCUCUAUACCCUCAUUAUGCGAACAGAGGAGGGGCUCUUUCUGAAACUGGAACCACUCGGUACCCCACAGGACUGA